ACCCAAAUAUACAUGAUGGAGACAAACUACAAGAAGGUUGAGGAAGACUUGAACAGAUUACAGGAGUCAUUUUCAAGAUUUCACGACAGGCUUUUUGUCCAAUGCAAGUCCCUAGCCACUCAAGUCAUCUCCCAAGAGGAACUGUCUCCCCUGACUGAAUGGGUUGCAGAAAACAACAUUCUGUCAUCAGAAUUUCAGUUGAUGAAGAUUCAGAAGAAGCACAAAGAAUGCAGAGAGCUACAUUUGAAGUUUCACAAGCUGCUUAAGAAAGUUCAGAGUGAGUCAGGUUUGCUUGUAUCAAAAGAGAGGGGCCGAAUUAGAGCUGUGCGUUUUGUAUAACUGUUUACAAUCAGAGCAGGGAUUGGACACAGCAUCACAUCACUGGCCUCCACUCAUCUUGGAUUCCCUUGGAAGGAUGCAGACAGAGGAAAACCAAAUAAAAAGUGUGCAGGGUUUCCCAGGUCUUGUACAGAAAUUAUCUUGGGAUUCGAGCAUAACAGCUGAAAAGAGAGCUCGUGUUGCCUAUAUUGUAGGUGUGCGCAGUGUCUGUGUGUUGUGGGCUGCUGGGCUGAUCAGGUCAGGGGAUAUAGAGACAGCUCAGCAAGUACUUACCUCUCUACUAACACUGCCUGGUGGAACUUCAAGACUCACUGAUAAGACCCCCGUACAGUUUGCAGUGCGGUUACAUCAGGGAUCUCCCCCACUGACUGAUGAAAACACUAAGGCCUUGGUGUAUAUCCUUCUGGCCUCCUGUUAUCUUUCCAAGGAUAAAUUAGAAAACUGCAGGGAGAUGAUAGUGAAAGCAAACGUGACCAAAUUUAAACCCCUCAGCAUCUAUAUCAAAGCUUGGAGCCUGUACAAAGAGCAGAGAGCUACAGAUGGAGUAACAGCCCUGCAAGCCCUGACCCCAGCUGAUUUGGAGAGCACAGAAGUCUGCCUGAGAGCCAGAAUACAUUGCCUGACAGGCUGCUUUCUGUCCAAACUGGGAAAGCCUCAUACUGCAGUCCAUCACUUGAAGGCAGCACUAGAGGCAGACUUCAGGUACACAGUGGCACUGUACUACAUAGCUGAGCAGUACAAACAGCUGUGCAUGGAGAGUGCAGAACUCGAGGCUUUGAACCUACUUAUUACGACACUAGAGAACAGCUCAGGAACUCCCGCCCCAUGUGAUGUGACUUUGGAUCAGCAGGUAUCGUCAGCAGUCAUCAGACUGUUAGAUCUGCCCUAUACUGUCAGUGUGGUACAGGUACAGUACUUGCUGGCUGUCAGGUGCCUAGAACUACACAGAUAUAAGGCAGCUUACCAGAGGUACAUGGACCUGAUGGCUGUGAUAAUGAAAUCUGAUGUGAUACAGUGUGACGGAAAGUUGAUCAAAAUACCUAGAUUACAUCAGAUUUUCCUGGAGACCAUCCAGUCCAGCCUGAAGUGUAAGAAACUAGAGGAGUGUGUGACCCUCUGUGACCAGGCCUUGCUGUCUGGGCCAGUGGGUGUCACUUCUGAAUGUAUACCUCCUGCUGCUGAUCCAUACACCACCUUAACUGAUCACACAGCUGGCAAGCGAAAGAGGGUGGCAUCCAGCCAGCAGAUGUGUGAAGAAGACUCAUCAGCCAAUCAUAUUACAGCAUGUCUGUUUCACAAGGCAGAGGCUCUGCAGUUACUGGGGGAGCUGCAGGAAGCUGCUCACACACUGCAUAGUGCAGCAGAUCAGUUGGAGAAGAGGUUAAGUGGAGUAACAGAGGAAAGAACACAUGGGGAUUCUGAUCAUAGACCACAAAUGAAAAGAGCUAGACUCUCAUCAGAUAAUCAGACAACAGUGUACUUUUUGACCAAGGAGUUAUUGUUGCUGAAUAGAUCCCAGGAAGCUGUUAGCAUUUGGUUAGAGAGUAGGAAGAUCAGCUCAAAGAUGGACAGUUUUCAGCUUGAUAGAGAAAUACAGACCAGGGAAACCAAGUUGAAAAACAUGUCCAGUGACAUCUCAGACAAUCCUCCAAACAAACGUGAGCUUCUGGCCAUGGAUGUGAAAAUCCUGAAGGCAUUACUCCACCACAGACAGAAUCAUGUGUGGAGGGUCAGUUGAGAUGAGACUAAACUCACCUUAACCAGAGGAUGUUAUAAAGUGUUCAGCUCAGACCACCAAGAUUCCAAGACAGAUUUUGAUUUGUCAAGUAACAUUUCUCACCAGGUUUCUGGUCCAGACAGAUGGCAUAAUCACUGAAGGCUGACAGCAGCUCAAAUUGAGUUAGAGAACUGCUUGACAAGGACAGCUGUCAGGAGAGACACCUUGUCUGGUGUAGCUCUGUUGGCUUAUUUAACAGCAGCCUUCAUUCAGUCAAUAUUGCUGAAACUGUCCACAUAACCAGAAUAUUAGGAAUAAAUGGCAUCCUAUUGGGUGUCACAUGUGUUGCUUUUGCGCAUAUUGGACAUAUAUUUCCAUUAAUUUAUCAUAAUUCCGUGAGGAAAUGAAGAGGCAGAUUUUGUGUCAAACUGUUAACACUAGUACAGUAUGUGUCAUGCUCGAAUCUAUUUGUGAGAAGGAUUGACCAUGUUCUCAGUUUAAAUUCGGCAUUAUCUGUCAGAUAAGUUAAAUAUUCUUGAAUACAGCGAUAACCAAAUCAGAU